UUAAGAAUCUCCAAACUUAAGUUUAGAAGACUUUGAUUUUCAUUUUUUCUCCCUAAAGCUGUGUCAUGGGUUUUCAAUGAUUCUGUUUGAGCCCUAAAACUGCUUUUUUAUUUUUAAUUCUUUCCACAUACGACUCAUCUUCUCUGUGGCGUUCUUAGGUUGUUCCAUCAUUCACUUGACAUAACUGCUAGCUGCCGAGAGAGAGAGAGAGCUUACACAACCGAACUGAAACCUAACUGCACCAAUUCGUAACUUAGGCUUUAAGUUUAUUUAUCCGAUUACGACUGCUAAUCCGAAUUUAUGCGUAGAUGAGAUGAGGUACGUGAAGCCCUUGCAAUUGUUUCAGGAUUUGGUGAACACAAGCAAGAAGGAACAUGCAAGGUUGCUUGGUUUGGAUGUAGGCGAUAAAUAUGUUGGCCUCGCUCUUUCUGACUUUGAUAACAAAAUUGCUUCACCUUUCAGUGUUCUCCUCAGGAAGAAGUCAAAUAUUAGUUUAAUGGCUUCUGAUUUUCAGACUCUGAUCUCUAAGUAUUCCUUGAAGGGCUUUGUUAUUGGCCUCCCUUUUGACAGACAUCGGGUGUCUUCUGACGCUGUGCAAGUGAAGGUCUUAAUUGACUACCUCUGCAGAACAAAAAUGCUUGAAGGUGUAAAGUAUACAUAUUGGAAUGAAUGCUACACAUCAAAGAAUGUGGAACUGCUGUUAAAGCCUUUGAAUUUGAAUCAUCCAUUUCAUUCCAAGACUAUACUAGACAAGUUUGCUGCUGUAGGAAUACUUCAGGGAUACCUGGAUUUUGUCAACAGGAAAAUGAAGAUGACAUCGACGGAGUAGAGAGGCAUGCACCAGAAAUCACAACUAGAAAUCUCUGAAUUAGGGGUAGGUUGGUGGACAAUGUAAUGAGUUUUAUUUUUUCCUAUAUUUUCAUUAUCUAUUCUAUAUAUAGCUGAAAUGAAAUGAAAUUAAUCCCAUUAUCUUUCAGUUUGAUUAGGGUUAGUUUACACUUUACAGCCUUUCUUUAGUGAAAAAGAUUAAGUGGAAGUUGGUGAAUGCCUCGUUAUUAUUUGAUAAGAACUGCCACACAACUUAGGUUGUGUACCUUCCUUUUUUAUUCCAGUAGUAAGUAGAAAGAGGUUAGUAAUACAAUCUGUACAACUUUUUAUCUCAAGACCGAGAACAAAAAAACUCGACAAAAUACAUAACUUGUUGGAUCAAUUUGUUGCAUUUUUGUUGCGCUGAACACUGAAUUCAUCGUGAAAUUCAAUGUUUUGAUUGAAUUGGCUGGUAAAACACACGUUUUUUCAUGCUUAUGAUUGUCGUCUCUUGAUAUGAUGAAUGAUACUUCUAGAAAUACUUAACCUUCAUCAAGGUUCAUUGGAAGCGUUAUCUUCUUUAUUAUUAUUUCUCUGUUACAUUGAAGGUACAGUAAGCACUGGAGUAGGGUAAGGGAAAAGUUGACUUCGACAAAGAUCAAAC